UUUUCAAAAAAAGGUAAAUUUUGAAAGAGUAUAAAUUGCUCGUUUUCACGUUUUUGAAACACAAAAAUAAUGCGUGUAUGUACGUACAGAUCAAUAUGUACAUGGGAAAAUUCAGUGUGGAUACAUAGGGGUCUGGGGAUAGUUAACUCUGAAAAGCAGAAAUGAGGAGGGAGAACUUGCACUUAUUGCUUGAUUUUGUAAAGUAAGCAUUAGUGUUGUUGUUUAAAAACAAACAUAUCUAGUGCCUAGGAAUCCACCUGAAAACAGUACCUUUGCUUGAUUCAGUUCCGUUUCAUUGACUGCAGUAGGUUCUUGUUGGCUGUAAGAAGUCUUAUUUCAGUGGGUUGCCCCCAGGGCAGGGAGAAGUGUAGGUUGUGCAAGAGCCCUGUUGAAACUGAAUUUCCAAAUUGGCUUAAGGGACGAGAAAAGUAGGGGUGUUGGAGGAAGGUAGGGAAAUAAGAGGGUUGGGAGCAUAGACAGAAUUUGAUUGGAGGAACACACCCGGAAAGCAGACCCAAAUCUCUGCAUUGGUACUGCCUUCCAUCUAGCUGUUGAUCCCUAGCAGGGAGUGUUCUCAGCAAGUAUCUCAGUUCGGCACAGCAGCAAGUGUGAAGCCAUCUCUUGCUUUUGAUAUAACUUCACAACAUUCAGCCAGUUAUUCUGGUAUGAUGUCUCACUCUAAGGAGUCAGAUGAGCUUGUUUUCUUUGUAAAUGGAAGAAAGGUCAUCGAGAGGAACCCAGACCCUGAAGUAAAUUUAUUGUUCUACCUGAGAAAAAAUCAUAUCCUUUUGGUAUUCCAACUCACAGGGACCAAGUAUGGCUGUGGAGGAGGGGACUGUGGUGCCUGCACGGUGAUGAUCUCAAGAUACGACCCCAUCUCUAAAAAGAUCUGUCACUUCUCGGUCACCGCCUGCCUGGUGCCCAUCUGCUCUCUGUAUGGAGUUGCUGUCACCACCGUGGAAGGUGUCGGAAGCAUUAAAACCAGGAUUCACCCCGUGCAGGAAAGGAUUGCUAAAGGUCACGGCACCCAGUGCGGGUUCUGCACCCCAGGAAUGGUGAUGAGCAUCUACACUCUCCUGAGGAACCACCCGGAGCCCUCCACAGAGCAGUUAAUGGAAACCUUAGGUGGUAAUUUAUGCCGCUGUACUGGAUACAGACCCAUUGUGGAGAGUGGGAAGAGUUUUAGUCCUAGUUCAUCUUGCUGCCAGAUGAACAAGGAGGGGAAAUGUUGUUUGGAUCAGGAAGAAAACGAGCCUGAGAAAAAAGCUAAUGUUUGCACCAAAUUGUACGAAAAGGAAGAGUUUCAGCCCUUCGACCCAACCCAGGAAUUCAUAUUUCCACCUGAACUAAUGAGAAUAGCAGAAGAACCCCAGAAGAAAGUUCUGACUUUCCACGGGGAGAGGACAACCUGGAUCGCCCCAGGAACUCUCAAUGACCUUCUGAGGCUGAAAAUGAAGUAUCCCGAAGCCCCUCUUGUGAUGGGGAACACCUCUGUUGGGCCUGCUAUGAAGUUCAAAGAAGUUUUCCAUCCAGUUAUUCUCUCUCCUGCACGGAUUUUGAAAUUGUUUAUUGUGACUAACACAAAAGAAGGGCUUACAGUAGGUGCCGGCCUCAGCCUGGCCCAGGUGAAGGACAUCCUGGCUGAUGUGAUCCGGAAGCUCCCAGAGGAGAAGACACAGCUGUACCGGGCUCUCUUGAAACAUCUGAAAACCCUGGCCGGACAACAGAUAAGGAACAUGGCAUCCUUAGGAGGUCAUAUUAUUAGCAGACUUUCAAAUUCUGAUCUCAACCCCAUUUUGGGUGUAGGCAAUUGCGUCCUCAACGUUGCUUCAAUAGAAGGAACACAGCAAAUUCCUUUAAAUGAUCAUUUUCUUGCUGGAACAACAGAUGCAAACCUUAAACCAGAACAAGUCUUAGUUUCUGUUUUCAUUCCAGUCUCUAAAAAGUGGGAGUUUGUGUCAGCUUUCAGGCAGGCCCCACGUCAACAAAAUGCCCUUGCCACUGUGAAUGCCGGAAUGAGUGUCAUUUUCAAAGAUGGCACAAACACUGUUGUGGACUUAAACAUCUUAUAUGGAGGAGUUGGCCCUACUACAGUCAGUGCAAGUAAAUCCUGUCAGCAACUUAUUGGAAGGUGCUGGGAUGAGGGAAUGUUAAGUGAUGCUCGCAGGCUUGUUCUAGAUGAAAUCACCCUUCCGGUCUCUGCCCCUGGAGGAAUGGUGGAAUUUCGAAGAACUCUCAUGAUCAGUUUCCUCUUCAAGUUCUACUUAGAUGUUUUGCAGCAGUUAAAGAUGAGGGACCCCAGUGGAUAUCCUGACAUCUCCAAGAAAUUCCUAAGUGUCCUAGAAGACUUUCCUUUGACCAUACCUCACGGGAUACAGUCAUACAAGUGUGUAGAUCCCCAGCAGCCCCCACAAGACCCAGUUGGACGGCCCAUUAUGCAUCAGUCAGGUAUUAAACAUGCCACAGGGGAGGCUGUAUUUUGUGACGACAUGCCUGCUUUCCCAGAAGAACUCUUCCUGGCUGUAGUGACCAGCACCAGGCCGCACGCUAAGCUCAUUUCCAUUGAUGCCUCUGAGGCACUGGCAUUGCCUGGUGUGGUGGAUGUGAUAACAGCUCGAGAUGUGCCAGGUGACAAUGGCAGCGAAGAAGAAAGACUGUAUGCACAGGAUGAGGUGAUUUGUGUGGGUCAGAUUAUCUGUACUGUGGCUGCCGAUUCGUACGCUCAUGCCAAGCAGGCUGCCAGAAAGGUGAAGAUUGCGUACCAAGACAUGGAGCCUGUGAUUGUGAGCAUUCAGGAUGCAAUAAAACACCAAUCAUUCAUUGGGCCUGAAAAAAAACUAGAACAAGGAAACAUUGAGGAGGCAUUUCAAUCCGUUGAUCAAAUUAUUGAAGGGGAAGUGCACUUUGGAGGACAAGAACAUUUUUAUAUGGAAACUCAAAGUGUUCUUGUAGUCCCAAAAGCAGAGGAUAAAGAAAUGGAUAUAUAUGUGUCAAGCCAGGAUGCAGCACUUACACAGGAAAUGGUGGCUUAUGCCUUGGAUAUUCCAAAGAACAGAAUCAACUGCCAUGUGAAAAGGGUUGGGGGAGCCUUCGGAGGGAAAGCAGGAAAGCCUGCACUCCUGGCGGCGGUGGCAGCCGUGGCGGCAAACAAGACUGGCCACCCAAUCCGUUUUAUUUUAGAGCGUGGGGAUGACAUGUUAAUAACGGGAGGACGCCACCCACUACGUGGGAAAUAUAAGGUUGGCUUUAUGAACAAUGGGAAAAUUGAGGCCGCAGACAUUGAAUGUCACAUCAAUGGAGGCUGCACACCAGAUGACUCUGAACUGGUAAUAGAAUAUGCUUUGCUCAAAUUGGAAAAUGCUUAUAAGAUUCCCAACCUGCGUGUCCGAGGUCGAGCCUGCAAGACCAAUUUGCCAUCCAAUACAGCCUUCCGGGGGUUUGGUUUUCCCCAGGGAGCCUUUGUAACAGAGGCCUGGAUGACCGCUGUGGCAGCCAAAUGCCACCUGCCACCAGAGAAGGUUCGGGAGUUAAACAUGUACAAAACAAUUGAUAGGACAAUUCACAAGCAAGAAUUUGAUCCAAAGAAUUUGAUAAGAUGCUGGGAGAAAUGUAUGGAAAACUCUUCCUACUACCUCAGAAAAAAGGCUGCAGAGGAAUUUAACCAGCAGAAUUAUUGGAAGAAAAGAGGAAUUGCCAUUAUCCCCAUGAAAUUCUCAGUUGGAUAUCCAAAGACAUUUUUUUAUCAGGCUGCUGCUCUGGUUCACAUCUACACAGAUGGUUCUGUGCUGGUUGCUCACGGUGGCGUUGAACUGGGACAGGGCAUUAACACCAAAAUGUUACAGGUGGCCAGCCGAGAAUUAAAGAUACCCAUGUCUUACAUACACCUUGGCGAGAUGAACACUGUGACAGUGCCCAACACGGUCGCCACUGCUGCAUCCACGGGCGCAGAUGUCAAUGGAAAAGCUGUGCAGAAUGCCUGUCAGACCCUGAGGAGACGCCUGGAACCCAUCAUCAGCAAGAGUCCUCAUGGUUCCUGGAAGGACUGGGUUAAUGAAGCAUUUACCCAAAGCAUUAGUCUGUCUGCCACUGGAUAUUUUAGGGGCUAUGAAGCUAACAUAGACUGGGAGAAGGGAGAAGGUGACAUAUUUCCUUACUUUGUAUUUGGAGCUGCCUGUUCUGAGGUUGAAAUUGACUGUCUGACAGGAGCACACAAGAACAUUAGAACUGACAUUGUCAUGGAUGCUUCUUUCAGUAUAAAUCCUGCUGUGGACAUAGGACAGGUUGAAGGGGCAUUUACUCAAGGCCUUGGACUUUAUACCCUAGAGGAGCUGAAAUAUUCACCUGAUGGGGUCCUAUACACCCGGGGUCCGAGGCAGUACAAAAUUCCUUCAAUUACCGAUAUCCCAGAGAAGCUUCAUGUGUCCCUGUUGACCCCAACCCAAAAUCCAAUAGCAAUCUACUCCUCCAAGGGCCUGGGAGAGUCAGGAAUGUUUCUGGGUUCUUCUGUGUUCUUCGCUAUAACUGAUGCUGUGGCUGCUGCUCGAAAGGAGAGGGGCCUGGCCCCAACUUUGAUAAUGAACAGCCCAGCCACGCCGGAGCAGAUUCGAAUGGCUUGUGUGGAUCAGUUUACAGACCUGAUUCCACAAAUUGAUUCUACGUGCUGUAAGCCUUGGUCCAUCCCUGUUGCCUAA